CGUGUGCUGGGCUGUGCGCAGCUGUGUCUCUCUCUCUCGCAGCCCGGAUAAACCUAACUUUGUGAAUUCGAUUGCCUCCACUCUGACGCGGAGGAGGACAUGGAGCUCGAACCCUGGGAGCUGUAGCUGGUCCAACCCCUCUCUCUGACGGACAUGAGCUAGCCGGUCUCCGCGGGAACCCCUCACCCCCCCUCACCUCCCCAUCCCCCCACCCCCGAGGUGCGACACAUCUGGAGACGCCCCCCUGCCCCGCCCUGAUUCAUGAGCCAGCAGGAUGCUACAGCGGUCCUCGCGCUCUCUGAACGGCUCCUCGUCGCGUCCCACAAAGGCCAGGCCGACAACGUCGUGCAGCUUAUCAACAAGGGCGCCAAAGUAGCCGUCACCAAGUACGGCCGCACCCCCUUGCACCUGGCCUCCUACAAGGGUCACCUGGAAGUCGUGCGCAUCCUCCUGAAGGCCGGCUGUGACCUGGACAUUCAGGACGAUGGUGACCAGACAGCCCUGCACCGCGCGGCUGUGGUGGGAAACAGUGAUGUCAUCUCAGCACUCAUCCAGGAAGGGUGCGCCCAAGACCGACAGGACAAGGAUGGAAACACUGCGUUGCACGAGGUUGCAUGGCAUGGCUUCAGUCAGUCUGUUAAACUGCUGGUCAAGGCGGGGGCCAACGUCCAUGCUAAGAACAAGGCAGGUAACACCGCCCUGCACCUGGCCUGCCAGAACGGGCACGCUCAGAGCGCCAGGCUGCUGCUGCUGGGAGGAUCCAGGCCGGACAGCAAGAACAGCGUAGGGGACACCUCCCUGCAUGUUGCCGCCCGCUACAACCAUGUGGGCAUGAUCCGGAUCCUCCUGGGGGCCUUCUGCUCUGUGAACGAGCGGAACCAGGCUGGGGAUACUCCACUGCACAUCGCCGCUUCCCUGAAUCACAAAAAAACAGUGCGUCUCCUCCUGGAAGCGGGUACCGACAGCGCCAUCAAGAACAACGCUGGCCAGACUGCGCUGGACCAGGCCAGAGAGUACAACAACCCUGAGGUGGCCCUGCUCCUGGCCAAAGCCCCUCAGGUUCAGAGCUUCACCAGGGGCCGGAGCGUGAGGGAACGGAGAGACCGGUGGAGGGCGGAGGGCCGAGCGCAGUCUGUCCCCAGGGACGAAGUGCUGCCCGGCAAGGAGAGCGUCUCUGCGGCCGAUGACACCCACAGCAGCGACCUCGCGGCCGUCCGCAAGCAGGAGGAGCGCAUGAACGAGGCCCUAGAGAAUGCGGUCAAGACCGGCACCAAGAAGAGCAAGAAGCUGAAGGAAAAGCCCUCGCUGUCAGACCCACUCUCCCAAAGAGAGACCAAGCGCAGCGAUGCGGCUCAGAGGAAGAGGGGUAAACAGCAGAGCUCCGCCCCUCUGGCGCCCCCGCCCCCUCUUCCUCACAGCUACAAGGCCUACCAGCUGUACACCCUGUACCGCGGCAAGGACGGCAAGAUCAUGCAGGCUCCUCUGAAUGGCUGUCGCUGUGAGCCGCUGAUCUGCAAGCUGGAGAACCAGCUGGAGGCCACCAAGGAGGAGAUGCGGUCAGAGAUCCAGACCGUCCAGGAGCGCAUGAACAGCAAACUGGGGCAGCUGGACCGCAAGAGCAAACACCAGAUCAAAGCGCUGGACAAGAUGACUCUGGAGAGGGUGUCGGCGGAGAGGACCGAGUGCGUCCACCGAAUCGACCAGAGAGCCAUGCUGGAGCGUCUGGAGAGGGAGAAGAGACAGGCCUCCGUGGUAACCGACCUGAAAAACUGGUGCCUGUCCAAGAUCCAGAACAUGGAGGCGCGCCUGGCAGGGGAGAGCCGCACCCCCAGGCUGUGCCAGACCCCGUACGGCUCGGAGCAGGCGGCCGGGGCCGACCCAGACUGCAUCGCUGUGCUGCCGCUGGCCCUCCCGGAGGGGGAGGGGGCGGGGCUACCAGAGGGACCCCUCACUGACGCCUCGGGACACCAUUACUUUGUGGUUCAGGUGGACAGCUCUCCAGAUGACAGGCAGCACGUGCCCGAGCUCCCCGCCCCCACACCCAUCAAGUCCCUGCCGCCGUCUCCGCUCGUGGUGCGUCCCAAAGAGCGGGCGCUGCCCUCUGCUGACCUCCGCAGGCUGGAGGUGGAACUGCAGGACAUGGACCUGCUGGGAGCCAGGCAGGGUCGGAGUGGGGCGGGAAGCCGGGCCAGCAGCCUGUCCCCGGCCACUGAGCGCCGCUGCAGCAGGCUGGACCGGGACCGGGACCGUGAAUGGGACCGGGACCGUGAACGGGACCGGGAGCGGGAGCGCGAGAGGGGCCGCGACAGGGACAGGCACAAAAAGCACUCCCAGGGCAGGACUAAGGGGCGGGGGAAUGGGGCGCUGGAGCACGCCCGCACCCUGGAGGUGUUCAGCGACAGGGGCACGGCGGAGCCCUCCUUCGCGGCGGAGCGGGACCACAUGCACGCGCUGGAGGUGACACAGUACUUCUUCGAGGCCGUGUCCACCCAGAUGGAGCGCUGGUACGAGAGGAAGAUCCAGGAGGCCCGCUGGCAGGCGGACCAACAGGCCCAACAGGACCGGGCCGCCCUGCUGGAGCGAAUCGGCUGCCUGGAGGAGGAGCUGCGGCAGCUGAGGGCCAAUGGGGAUGGCUAGAGCGAGGGUGUGGUCACAGCCAGGGACCGCCUGCCACUGCCCUCUCUGCUGAACAGGAAGUACUCACUGUGUACAGGUUCUCUGGGAGUACGGUAAAGCCCAGGUCAAACGGGCAGCCGCUGUUUACAAUCCCGUUACAAUGCGGUCGUGACCAAUCACCCCGGUCAGAAAGUAUGUCUUCUGUGUGUGUCACAUAUCUGCAGCCAUCAUUGGGAAAAUAUGCACGCGUGGUCAAGCCGUGUGACAGAACAGUCGAAGAUGGUUACCUUCGACAUCCAAUGCUCCAUAGAGCAUUAAAACUAACACUUUCACAAAUAGUUCAAGCAAAACAAGACCAUGGGAAAACUAUCUGACACAAGCCCACUCAAGAACAUGCCAAAAUGAAACAGUAUUUUUAUUCGGUGUUAUGUCCUACUUCAGAUGACUCCCUGAUAGCUUUCACAUGCGGCUUCACCUCAACCACUCUUCUAUAAGCUGUAACCUCACUCAUUUCAAGUCUCUAUCACAAGCUGUACAGUGGGUUUCAGCGGAUGAAAAUCUUCAUUGUGGACCAGAGAUAAAACACGAUCUGUAUCAGUCUUAAAAGCAUGACUAAUGUCAAGACGGGACACACCACAAAUCUGCCAUUCCCACACUUCCAGCUGCAGUUCAUGGACAACGGCAGUGUGUUUUGUAUCAUUUGGCACCUUAAGUAUUUUUACUAAAUGUUUCUCAACUUCAGGUUUACUUAAGAUUUGUAUCUAUACCUCCAGUUGUUGAAGUAAAUAAUUCACUGUGCAUAUCGCAAAACUGUUUUUUGCUUUGAGAUUCCAAGAUAAAUUUGUUAAACUGAAGGAAACUCAAGCUUUUAUAAUAUGAAAAAACCUGAAUUGGCCACUGCUCCGUGUAAAUACUUGUUUUUGUUGUUUUUGUGCAACAAAACAAACCUUGAAAGAUGUGUAAAUGCCACUGUGUAUUAAUGAAUACAAUGCAU